AUGAACGACCGUCGGACGUCGCGGCCCCUCUGGACGUCGUCGCCGGUUGGCGACGUCGCGGCCGGCGUCGCGACGGUGGCGGACCCGGUGCUUCGGCAGGCGGUGCUGGGUCUGGUGGUGCCGGGCCUGCUCUUCCUGAUCGCCGGCACGGUGUGCGCCUUCUACGCGUUCCUCGUGGGGGUCUCGCUCGUCGCGUUCGGCGCCUUCCUGCUCCUGCUGCCGGCGGCCGUGUGCCGCAUACUCAAGUCGCUGCCCGGUCGGGAGAGCCCCGAACAUGGAAGCAGUAAAAAGGAGAGGCGGCGAAACAUCGCACGCGAUUCCCGGCCAACCUACGGAUCCCGGUACUCCGCCGCCUACGUGAAUCCCGCGUUCGAGCCCAAGGAGACGAUGGGGGACGAUUCGUCGGGCUACGCUCGUGUCAGCUCCAUCAGCUGCAGCAGCAGCAGCCUCCAGGGCCUGCACAAGCCGCCGUCGCAGAAGCCGCCCUGCCACAUAAGCAGCGCACCACGGAAGUACGCCAGCACCAACAGCCUCGCCGCGGAGUUGCACGAAGCCUGCCGCUACCAGCACAGCACCAAAGAACCGACCAGACCAUCCAGCCACGGUUUCCGGCACAUAGAGUUUGACCCCGAGUCGGCUCGCUUCGGCGAGCAGCCGCCAAGGUACUCGACCGUGGUCAGAGAGAGUCCUCUGAUAUAGCACUGCAGACACGACCACGGGCGCACACAAGAGAGGGAGGGGACAGGCAGGUUAAAGUGGUAUUGACGUGACAUUUGCGACUUCUCGUUAUUUUUUUUUCAUACAUCUCCUGAGAAACGAAACCGUAAGUUGUCCGUAUACCAUAGUAAGCUAUUCAUGGCGCUUUGAGGCUUGCCAGUAUUUCUUCUAAGGCUUCGAGGUCCAGGCCCUUAAUUUAACGCAACGAAAAGUCGUAAAUGUUACUUUAGUACUCCUUUGAGACGUUUAGAAGGCGUUUAAGGGAGAAAUGUUUGUGUUGGCAUGCGGCCUGCCUAGCCCCCCUCUGCCUUCUUCGUCUUAUCCGCCCCGGUCUGGUGCGGGUAGGGUGACACAUUUCUGGCUAUGCCACUGUAUAAAGCAUCCUGAUGACUCCCGCAGAAUUUGUUGACACACGUAGCACAGAAAAACGGGUGAUUUGCUACGUGUUUAUGGUGAAACAGCACGCAGGUACAUAUGAAAGACAAGAGCGAGUGUCCCAACCUCUUCGGAUCGUCCAAGACAUCACACAUUGUUUCACUGCGAACGUGAAGACGACUGAAAAAAAGUGAUAGCACAAUUUUUUUUAAAUGCCGCGCGUCUUGGACUUCAUUUACAUGAAGCCGACGCCAGCGGGUCGAGUAUAAGAACUCCGGGAUGACCUAGUUCGACCAGACCGCGUUUACAUGCAUCUUGCCAACCGGCUUGGGCGGAUCGGCCCACUCUUUUCAGGCGGUUUUGACUGAACUCGCCUCGACGUUUGUCCGGCCCGAUGUGGUAGCGUUUACAUAAAACCAACGUCCUAUUUUCGUCCUGAGAAAAACCGACUAGACUCGACUUUACCUGGUUCAUGUAAACAUAGGUCUGGCGACUAUACGACAGGAAAAGGCAAAAAACAAAAGGGGCGUUGCGCCGUUCAUUCGGUGGUGUUUCCAACACGGCCUAGCCCUCCCGCCCCCGUGGGUGCGGGAGGGGUUGGUUUCGUGUGUUAGUUUCGUGUGCCUGAACGCACGCAAAACAAGAUAUGCGCUAUACCAAGUGUUGGCUGUGUCUAGCACAAGUCCCCUCCCCCUGUCGCAGCCGCAUAAUGUCCCAGAAGAAUUUCUAGAGGCAACACUAAAGGAGUGAGACUGUUCCACUACCAUGGGAAAUGAUGAUACAACACGGAUUUGUGUAAUUUUUGUGCCUGCGGCUUCAAACAUUCUUGGAAUAUAUCGUGUAAAUUAGUGAAUUUGAUACCUUUGAAGCCAGAAAGCCGAAGUUCUGCAAAUCUAUGUAAACUGCCUGUUGUUUCCCUGUUGGCCAAACCGCCAUCUUUGAAGCUGCAGUAGACACAAGCGUCACAAUUCCCUCUGGUAAUUCUUGCAGGAAACUAUACGGCCGCAGCGUGUCCUCCGAGAUAGCGCCGGCAUAAAAGUGCGCCUUCGCAAUCUCGGAGGCCACGGGCCACAGCUAUACUGCAACUGAGACGGAAAACAGAAGCGCGGAAGAAACAAGGACGAGACGAGUACACAGGACUGGCGCUUACUUAAAAUUUUUCUAUUACGAACAAAUUUUCGUCUAUGUUCUACUAUGCUGCAAGUUUGCAGUGCACGUCCGCAAACACGGUUAGCGAAAUAAAAGCACGGUGAUGCGGGAUUGCACAAAACGGCACGGUAACUAGGCCAUCGAAACGGCGCUAUGUAAAGAAGCAUUGUCCAUUCUUCGCCUUCAUAAAGCACUCUUUGCAAACAUUUCGUCAUCAGUUUAUUGAUUGUUUGUCGUACAUAUAUGCCUCACGCAUGAGACUGAGCCAUUGGAAUAAAAUGCAAAAUGGACCCUGCA